UCGCGUUUGGUGCGCACGUGUAAACGAAACAGUAGUGCUAAAGGGGGAGACCCAAGAAGCAAUAAAGUAAAGCAACAUCGAAAAAAAUAGUAUAUAAUGUACAGUGGCGUGGCUGACAAAUACAAAAAACACAAUUGAAAUUAAUUUACGCGCCGCUGCCCAUCUGCAUAAGUUCAAUGAAGGAGGCAAAAGAAGAGUAAAACAAAGCCUCGCAAACAUACAUACAGCGAGUCGGUCGUCGUCCCUCUCGUUUCCACCCAAGUGAAUGUCAGUCCGAAAAGGAAGAAAGUGCAACAAAAAAUCGAAUUCAAUUACACAAAAAUAAAACCAAGCCGCAAAUGAUAUAAAGAGAAUCCAAAAACAGUCGCGUGUUUGUGCAAGUCAAAGAAAAACGUUUUUUUGGUCUCAAGUUUUCUUAUAUUUUCCCAGUGGAUGUGUUUUCAUUCAUGAAUUGCGUUCUGUGUAGAUGCUUUUCAACUUGUCAAUUGCUACGUCGCAUUGCCUUGGUCCAUAUGCGCACUCGUAUUCUCCGUCUCAAAGAGAAGAAUAUUAUUAGUAACUAUAGCAACGGCAUUAGUCACAAGAAGAAGAAAUUUUCAACAACAAAGACCAGCUAAAGCAUUGAAUCGAAACGAAACGAAAGAAAGAAGAAAGAGCGGGAGCGCAGUCAACAGAGCUUUAGACCCUCUCCCGGAGCAACACAUAAAUAUGACACUCUUGCCAGACAUCAAACCCUCAGAUGCCGCCUGCUGUGGUGGUGGGGCUGGCAGUGAUGCCAGCAGCACCUCCGGUGCCAGCACACACAAGGCGCACCUACAAGGCAAACACCACGACAGUGGCUGCCUGGGCAUCAAUUGUUGCACCACAGCCGCCAGUUCAGAGCUAUCCAUCGAUGAGACAUCGUCCACAUCAUCCAGGGGAUCGGAUGCCCUGGCAGAGAAGGUGAACAACAAUUUGAAUGUGUUCCAGAGGCCCAACUUUCAUGAGGGCAUGACGCAUGCCAAUUUCGAUCAUUGCGAGCCAGUCGAUAUUGAGUUUUCCGAAGUGCGAUAUCAAGUGAAAAAGUUUUCAUUUCCAGAAAGAAAAUUUGUCGCUAAGGAAAUUCUUCAUGGUCUGAAUGGCAGCUUUCGUUCGGGAGAAUUGACAGCCAUCAUGGGUCCCUCGGGGGCGGGCAAGAGCACUCUGUUGAAUGUCAUGUCUGGCUUCUGUGCCACUGGGGUGUCUGGCAAUAUACGAGUGAAUGGCAAGCCCAUGGCUCCCAGUUCCGAGAGAUUCCGUCAAUUGUUGUGCUACAUCCAUCAGGAUGAUUUGUUGCGUCCCCAGUUAAUGGUUGGCGAAAUAAUGCUUCUGGCUGCACAUCUUAAACUUGGUUUUAAGGUUAGCAAGGCCUACAAAUUGGAUUUGAUUAAACACAUCUUAUCGCUGUUGGGUCUGGAACAUCGUUAUAAUGUGCAUACGGCAAAGCUUUCGGGUGGACAGAAGAAACGUCUCGCCAUUGCCCUGGAGCUGAUAAGUAAUCCUCCAGUACUCUAUCUGGAUGAGCCAACGACUGGUCUAGACAGCUCGUCGUGCAGUUCUUGCGUGGCGCUGCUGAAGAAACUCGCCUCCCAGGGCCACACCAUUGUUUGCACCAUUCAUCAGCCCAGUGCUUUGAUCUUUGAGAUGUUUGACAAACUCUAUACGGUGGUCGAUGGCCACUGCAUGUACCAGGGCCCAGUGCGAGAGCUGGUGCCGUUCCUUGCCGAACAGCAGCUCGUCUGUCCCAGCUAUCACAAUCCAGCUGAUUAUCUGCUGGAGGUGGCCGUCGGCGAGCAUCAACGUGAUCUGAAUGAAUUGAUUCAUGCGGCGAAUAAAAAGUAUUACGAGGAUGUUGAUCGAUAUCGUUAUAUGAGCAGUACGGAUGUCUCACGGCUCAUGGCAACAAUAAAAGACAACAUUGGAGCCAAAGAGUUGAGCACUUCGAGUCAAAUGCUGCCAACAGUUGCGCUGGCGCAAUUCUCCAGCUACGAUUAUGUGAAACCGGCACAGCAGGAACUGGCGCUGGAGGAGAUCAAGGCACUAAGUGGCUCCACGGAGCUGGAGUUGGUGGAUCAAGAGCAAUCAGAGAAUCAGCAACAGCAGCAGCUGCCACUAGCCAAUGUCAAAGCGACCGUCAAAGAGCUUGCCAAGCCGUCGAAUGCCACCAGCUCGGCCUCGUUCCUCAUGCAAUAUGUGCUCCUGAUGCAACGCAUCAUGAUCUGUGCCCGUCGCAACUACUUUCUGCUGCUGGCCCGAAUCUUUUCGCACAUUUUCAUUGGCGUUGUGUUUGGCUAUCUCUACCUGAAUGUGGGCAACAAUGCACAGAGCGUGCUGGGCAAUUACGUCUAUCUGUACGGCUCGACACUGCUCUUGGUCUACACUGGCAAAAUGGCUGUGGUCUUGACAUUUCCGCUGGAAAUUGACAUGCUGACAAGGGAGCACUUUAAUCGCUGGUAUAAACUCGGGCCGUACUUCCUAUCGCUGAUCUCCUUCGAGAUACCCUUUCAGAGCCUCUGCACCGCCCUGUACAUCAUCAUCAGUGUACAUUUGACGGGCAAUGAUAGCGUCGAGUCUUUUCGCAUUUAUUACUUUAUGCUGCUGGGAAUUAUGGCUUCGUUGAGUGCCCAGGCCUGGGGCUUCUUCGUGGGAGCCACACUGCCAACAAAGCUUGCCGUGUUUCUGGGACCCAUACUGGCGGUGAUGUUCUCCGUUUUUGGCUUCUGUACGCGAUACAUUGACAUUACACCGCUGUUCCGUUGGAUGUGGCAUUUGAGUUAUUUCCGGGCUGGAUUCCAUGGUGCACUGAAUGCCAUCUAUGGCAUGGAUCGCGCUUUCCUAGAGUGCCCAGAGAAUACGAUGUACUGUCAUUUCAGGAGUCCAAAAGUGUUUCUUAAGUACAUGAUGAUCUCGGAUGUGCACAUGUCCGACUGUCUGCUGCUGAUGGGCAUCGUCAUCGGUGUGAUGCAUGUCCUGACCAUCCUCACGCUCUGGCACAAGCUGAACAAACGAUAG